AUGAACCCGGAUGGAAAUCCCAAUCAAGUUCCGGGGAAUUCGGAUGCAAUUCCAGGAUCUUCCUCUCUCGGAAAUAAUUAUCCGUGGAAUGUCGUGAAUCCCAAUGCUCAGGCCAACAGAUGUUUGAACGACGUGCUUGCGUUUGCAUUAACUGAGUUAAAUGUUCCAGCUAAUAAUGGUCAGCAAGACAACGGCAUUCUCCAGAAUCCUGCAAUUCUUCCUAUUCUAUCAGACAAUCGGUCCAAGUUUAAGAACUACAUGGAAGUCGUUAUUUGGGUUAAUGGUGGAAAUAAUCCAGGAAUUCCUAUUCCCAAAGCCAGUGGAGAUUUUCCUGCAGAGUCAAGUGUUGGGCUAAAUUAUCUUGACAUCGGACAGACCCAGCCAGGUUCCUCUACAUUGUCAACCACAUCUACCCAAACUGAGUCGUUUGACCAUUUUAAUCCUCUUCUACCUGUAGUACCAGCAAGUGCGAAUCCUCAUGACUGUGGUGAGGUUUAUGUGAAACAUCCUGAUGACGGACGUGCAACUACGUUUGUAGAUGUAGAUGGUUUACCAGAGGAGGAAAGUCGUACGCUAUCACAUUACGAGAGCAGUCGUAUCGCUUCGGAUGAACCCCACGAUGAUACAGUAAACGGUGCACAAUUUGUGAAAGAGCUACCACUUUCGAACGAAGAGGAAUCAGUUGGCUUCGGAGGAGUACGACUGAAUUCACUCAUAGUCGAAUCGGUGCAAAGUAUAGCUCAGGAACAGCUGCCGUCCGGGGAAAAUUCCGGUUUUGUUGAUACUACUGGUAGGACUGUACCGUUACAAGAUAAUGAUCUAAAUAACAAUGCAACGACUGUUCCGUACGUUGUUAGUCUUGAUGAGAAGGCUGUUCCGCAAACCGACAUUCUUCCGGAAGUUGCAGUGCCAGAAAUUGGCGAUAAGGGGUCUGACAUUAGUAGCCAGGUUCCAACCACGGCGUUCGAGAGUGAGGCAGUCGGUUCUAGCGAGGCCACGACACUUUUUUGUGGAUUGGAAGGCGUAAGUUCCAUCGUGUUCAACGUAUAUCCAAGGUGUAUCGUGUUCGCAAUGCUUCAUCGAUUCGGAACAACUGUGCAGACACUUGAAAAUGGACCACAGUCUUCCUACAUAUGUAGUGACAAUAGAUCUUACGACAAAGAUGGAGUACUUGGUGCGUUCUUAGGAAAACUCGGCUUUCACAAUGAAUAUUUGAGCAAUGAGUUCUUUCACAAAAUCGACGUUGAUGGAAAUUACACUGUGUAUACGUGUCAGCGGUUGUUGCCUGGCGGAAAGACGACUGCUCUGAGAUUGGUUGAAGCAACAAGAGGCGAAGUGUCAUCAUUGUAUGAUCAAGAUUACAAAGGCCCUAUAGAAUUGCAACCACGUCGUGGUCCAUUUGUCAGACAAGGCGGCUUCUGUCCAGCUUUCGUCAUGGUUAAGCGCGAUGGGGAAAGAUAUAAUGUGAAGAUAUGUGACUGGCAUCUACAUGGAUCGGUGAUUCCAACAAGAGCCUUAGAAAUGAUUGGUACGAUGCUAUUACUGAAAAAUUUAUCACCGCCAUUGGUGAGAGUGAUAAUACAAGGACAGACUACCGAGUUCUGCACUCCGAUGAGUAGUCUUGAUUUGUACAUACGUCGUCUGGACCUUAAACAGUUUGAAUGCUUAUGCGAGUUUGUCCGUAAACGUUAUGCUGAUCAUAUCGAUGUGUUAAGGCGCAAAAUGGGUACGAUUGUGCAAUGUGAUUCUAUGACGGUUUGCACGGAUUAG